AAAGAAACAACUUUACAUAUAAUUAAUAAAAAAUAUAUAUUUUGUUUUUACGGGGCUCACUACUCCAAAUUUAUUGUUCAUCCAAUUUUAAAUGAAACACAAUUUCGAUAAAUUUUGUUGUAUUGAUCUGGCAACCCAACUCUAGAAACUUCUACCACGCCAGCUCUCUGAUUGGCCGGAACAUUCUAGCCCGCGAAGAUUCUCGAUACCCAUUGGGCGAGAGUAUAUAUACAAGGACCGCGCGCCGCCGGCUCUCAGUUUAAAUUUCGAAGGACGUUUGAAAACUUUGUGUAAUGAAAGUCGUUAAAACUUUUUCGCGGGUUUUUUAAGUUAGCGUUUAAAAAUGGUGGCUAUAGGCAUCGAUUUGGGUACGACGUAUUCUUGUGUAGCGAUAUGGAGAGAAGGUUUAGUGGAAGUGAUAUCGAAUGACCAAGGGAACAGGACAACGCCUUCUUACGUGUCCUUUACGAAGAACCAGCGGCUCAUAGGAGAAGCAGCGAAGAACCAAGCACCUUUCAACCACUGGAACACAGUUUUCGGCACGAAACGCCUCAUCGGACGUCGCUACGAUGACAUAGGCGUACAAAUGGAUUUACACAACUGGCCCUACGUGAUUUUAAAUAACAACGGUAAGCCAAAGAUACUAGUAGAGUAUAAAGGUCAGAAAAAGCAGUUUGCGCCGGAGGAAAUAAGCAGUAUGAUCAUUUGCAGGAUGAAGGAGUUUGCUGAGGCGUAUCUGGGAGAGAAAAUUAAGGAUGCCGUUGUGACUGUUCCUGCUUAUUUCAACGACGCGCAGCGACAAGCGACCAGGGCCGCAGGGGUUAUAGCAGGUCUUAAUGUGCUGAAGAUAAUAAACGAACCGACAGCGGCAGCGUUAGCCUAUGGUUUAGAUCAGAAUUUAAAGGAAGCCACGAAUGUAUUAAUCUACGACCUAGGAGGCGGAACGUUGGACGUAUCAGUUUUGAGCAUAAACGAAAAAUCUAUGUACAAAGUUAAAGCGACCGCCGGAAAUACGCGAUUAGGAGGAGAAGAUUUUGACAACAGAUUAGUAGCUUAUUUUGCAGAGGAUUUUCGAAAAAGAUACCACACGGAUAUAGUAGCAAAAACUAAAUCUUUGAGGAGAUUGAAAACGGCAGCUGAACGGGCAAAAAGGGCUUUGACUUCGGCUUCGGAGGCUUAUGUGGAGAUAGAGUCUCUGUGCAACGAUAUUGACUAUCAGGGAAAAAUAACCAGAAAUCAAUUUGAAGAACUAUGUUCAGAUUUGUUCAGAGAUACGCUCAAACCAGUACAGAAAGCUCUAGAUAACGCUAAGGUUAAUAAACAUGAUAUAGAACAUGUUAUUCUCGUCGGAGGAAGUACUAGGAUACCAAAGCUAAGGAGUAUGUUGAUUGAAUUCUUCGAUGGAAAAACAUUGACAGCCUCUGUCAAUCCAGACGAAGCGAUAGCGUGCGGGGCAGCUAUACAGGCCGCUGUCCUCAGUGGAGACGAGCAUGAAAGGUUACAGGAUUUACUUCUAGUUGACGUAGUGCCAUUAACAUUAGGAGUGGAAGCGGCUAGAGGCAUGAUGUUCCAAGUUAUAAAUAGGAACACUCCGAUACCUUGCAGAGUUACCAAAGAAUUAACCACAUUGGAAGACUAUCAGACUGCUAUGACUAUAGAAAUAUUUGAAGGGGAACGAACGCAAACCAAAGAUAACAAUCUAUUGGGUUCUUUUGACCUUAACGGCAUACCUCCAGCCCCGCGAGGUAUAGCUAAGAUAGAUGUAACUUUCGACAUAGAUUUUAAUGGAGUUCUUAGUGUAUCUGCCCAAGAUCGAAGCACGGGCAAUAUGGAAAGUCUAAUCAUAAGAAAUAUUGAUAGACUAAAACAGCAGGAAAUCGAGAAGAUGGUAGUUGAUGCUGAGAUAUUCAAAGAAGAAGAUAAAGAGGAUCGUAGGAGAUUAGAAGCCAGGAAUCAAUUAGAAAGUUACAUUUACAGUGUCAAACAAUCCGUAAUAGAUAAAAUUGGAAAUUUGACACCUGUAGAAGCUACUACGAUGGUGACAGAAUGCCAAGAAGCAUUGACGUGGUUGGAAGGCAACAUGGACUGUGUUCGAGAGGAGUUUCAAGGGAAGAUGUCAGAGCUGUUAAGGAGAUGGUCAGGAGUUAUGAAGAAGAUAUAUGGACAGAGAUGGAGAGGUUCCAAGAGGCAGAGAACGGAGUCUGAAGCAUCGAAUGGAGUUUCACCAGCUACUAUUGACGAGAUAUUUGAUCCAAAUCUGUGGUAGAAACUUUACGAUUUAGCAACAUUGACAAUAUAUUUAGUAUGUUAGAUGCUUAAAUAUUAUGCGAGAUCUCAAAGAAUAAGAAUAUAGCACAUUUUUGUGUAGAAUUAGAAGCUUUAAGCCUCAAAUAGUGAUUUGGGGUAGUGAAUAGUACAAAUACAAGUAGUUUAAUUGCUAUUCAACCCACUGUAGACUUUUAUUGCUAAAGUACCUAUGAGUCUACAAAGAUGUUGUUCUAAAAAUAACUGUUAUUUUGUAUUUUAUUGCAAUAUUUUGGCAAUAAACUAUACUCGUAAACUGAAAUAUGAAGAAUGGGAUAAAAACGAGAGAUGGGUGCCAAGUUUUUUCUACAACUAUCUACUGUGUAUGUUUGUUUACCUAUUGCCUAUUUUGUACUGAAAUUAGUUUUAUAUAUUUAUGGUUUUUUAUUAAAUACUUGGCUGUGAAUGAGAUGUGAUAUGAAUACCUAGAAUUGUUGUCAUUUAAACACAAAUAAAAACAUUUUAUAAAUAUUUUUAACACAAUAUUGUAUGAAUAUUUGAAAAACAAAAGCGAUACCCUUCUUAGCACCACUUGCGCCAUCCUGCUAACCAGGUUAAACCGUUAACUCAGUGUUUUA